UAGAGUCUUGGGUCAAGUUGGCGGUUUCUUCUCCAUGUCGUAUAUAUGUAACCCGAUUGAAAAAUUAAACCCAGCCUUCCUUGAUUUCUCCCCUUUCUCUCUCCUCCGAAUUUCUCUCUAUUCUCUCUCUCUCUCUCUUCAACAUUCUACAGAUUUAGAUCUGAUCGCCGAGAGAGAGCCCCCGGAACUGCUCAAUAAUGUCGGUGGUGUCACCUCUUGCCAAAUACAAACUGGUAUUUUUGGGCGAUCAAUCCGUCGGCAAAACCAGCAUCAUUACCAGAUUCAUGUAUGACAAAUUCGAUACCACCUAUCAGGCUACCAUUGGUAUUGAUUUCUUGUCAAAAACAAUGUACCUUGAAGAUAGAACAGUUCGGUUACAGCUUUGGGAUACUGCCGGACAGGAGAGAUUUAGGAGUCUAAUUCCAAGUUACAUAAGAGAUUCAUCAGUUGCAGUCAUUGUCUAUGAUGUUGCUAAUCGACAAUCAUUCUUGAACACUGCAAAAUGGAUAGAAGAAGUACGUACUGAGCGAGGCACUGAUGUCAUCAUAGUCCUUGUUGGCAACAAAACAGAUCUUGUUGACAAAAGGCAAGUUUCAAUUGAAGAAGGAGAUGGAAAAGCUCGUGAAUUUGGAGUUAUGUUUAUAGAAACAAGUGCAAAAGCUGGAUUCAACAUCAAGCCAUUAUUCCGGAAGAUUGCUGCUGCUUUACCAGGAAUGGAUACGAUGUCAUCCACAAAACAAGAAGAUAUGGUUGACGUCAAUUUGAAGUCUUCUGGUAAUGCUUCCCAUUCAGACCAAGGUGGAGGCUGCGCAUGUUAGAAAGACUCGACUCACUUUCGAUCAAUAGAAAGCAGACAGUCAGACAGACAGACAGAAUUGGAUUUUGUAAUGGAUUUUGAUUAUUCGUAACUUAAUUUGUUGAUAGUUUUGGUUUCUUAUUAGCGAGUGACAUCCUUUAAAUUAAAGUAAGAAGAUAUGGUGUUUGUAUCUAUCUUCGGUAUACUUAUUUUUUAGGUUUUCUAAUCUCUAUGUUCUACUCUCUUGUUCCA